AUGGGGGCCCGGCUGCUGGGCGCCGUCCUGGGCCUGGUGCUGGUGCAGGUGCAGGUGGCCGUGCAGGACCUGGACCUGCAGAAGAUUUCGGGGUUCUGGCGGGAAGUCGGCGUGGCUUCCCACCAAAACCUGGCGCUGAAGACCCCGAAGCGGCCGGAGGCCCUGUUCCUGACGCUGAGCGGGGCCGAGCUGACCGUGAAGGCCGCGUACAACGGCUCAGGAGGCUGUGAGACAGAAAACAUCGUGGGCGCUGAGGUCGACGUCUCGGGGAGGUUUGUUUUUCCCGGCCGCAGGGAGAUCCAGGUGAUGGACACGGACUAUGAGCACUACGCCAUCCUGCGGCUGUCCCUGCACUGGCAGGGCCGGGCCUUCCAUGUGCUCAAGUACUUCACCCGCAGCCUGGAGGACCAGGAUGAGCCCGGCUUCUGGCGGUUCCGGGAGCUGACGGCCGACACCGGGCUGUACCUGGUGGCCCGGCACGGGCGCUGUGCCGAGCUCCUGAAGGAGGAGCUGAUCUAG